ACGGCUGCAAUGACUAGGAGGAACGUUCUCGUGCGGAUUCUCCUUAGCGAGAGAAAAUGGGCUGGUCUCAGUUCAGCUGAAAGCGCUGUCCAACACGUGAGGCUCAUGUGACGGAGGUAGGUCAGUUUCUGAGCGAGAGACGUGUCUGUAGUCACAGGGUUUAUUUAACACGUAGCGCAAUCCACCCACACUCAUACACUUAACCAGGGCUGCAGCUUCAGGACUACAGCCGACCACUCUUGGAUGGCAGUGUAGCAACAUCGUCUGGUAUCGAACUAUUCCAGAAAGCCAACAUCAAGGGAAAUAACAGUAAAUCAAACACCUAAACGAUUUAUAUAAAUAAACAGACAGACCUACGGUGGAAACAAAACGCUAUUCACAGGACUUUUGGCCAAGAACUGUAGAUCAACUACGAGAAUAUUGUUUUGUAUACGGUAGAAUAAGUGGGAAAAAUAAAGUAGAUUUUAUUGUGUAUUUUUGGGUUUCACAAAGAAACUAAAUGGAAAGGAUUACAAGUGCGCAGCCACCACCUUGUAUGGCAAAGCACUCAUCGCUGGAGAUCGCUGACAUGCAAGGAAUGGAUUUCUCUAUGUACGUGUAUAAACCUAGACGGGGCAUGAAACGCGGGGAAGACAGUAAGGAAACGUACAAGUUACCCCACCGGUUAAUUGAAAAGAAAAGACGUGACCGAAUAAACGAGUGCAUUGCUCAACUGAAGGAUUUACUGCCGGAGCACCUUAAACUUACAACGCUGGGCCAUUUGGAGAAAGCAGUGGUGUUGGAGCUUACCCUCAAACACGUGAAAGCCCUGACCAGCCUCCUGGAACAACAGCAGCAGAAAAUCAUGGCAUUGCAGAAUGGCAUGCAAAUCAGUGAGCAGCCCCCUUCCAGCUCCAGUGCCAGUGAGGAGAUGUUUCGCUCAGGGUUUCACAUGUGUGCCAAGGAGGUCCUUCAGUUUUUGGCCAAUCAGGAGAGUGGAAGAGACCUGACACCCUCCCACAUGAUCAGUCAUCUACACAAGGUGGCAACGGAGCUGCUACAGGGUGUACCCAGCCCCUAUGUAGAAGAGCCCGCCCACAAAGCACUGGAGCGCAAGGAGAAGCCUGCCGGGCCACUGCCCAAGGGUGCAGAGGUCCGUGGCAAGAACUGUGUUCCUGUGAUCCAGAGGACCUUCCCUCAGGGCGGGGAGCAGAGCGGCAGCGACACGGACACCGACAGCGGCUACGGCGGUGAGCUGGAGAAACGGGACUCCAAAGCCCCUCGGCAGGGUUACUUCGCCAAGGAGGGCGGGUUCAAUUAUGUGCUGUCAGAGAGGGUGGCAGAUGACAUCAAGCAAGAGGAUGAUGAACCGCGAGCCAAACGUCAGAGAGCCGAGUCCUCGGAGGAUGAGGCCCUCUCUGGCGGGGAGAUAAUGGGCGGUGCCAGCAGCUACAUGAGCUUCUCUCCCCACCAGCCCCCUCUCUGUAUGCCCUUCUACCUCAUCCCACCUGCUGCUGCUGCCUACCUCCCCAUGCUGGAGAAGUGCUGGUACCCAGGGGGUCUGCCAGUCUUAUACCCUGGAAUGAGUGCUUCUGCCGCUGGCAUGUCUCCAGAGAAGCACCCCUCGUCCCUUGUGAUGUCCCCCAGAGUGGGGUCCCCUGUACCCACCUCCCAGUCCCCCAUGGACUCACCAGCCCUGCUCCAGGCUUUAAAGCAAGUCCCCCCCUUGAACUUGGAAACCAAAGACUGAGGACAUUUUGGGGAGCCCCGCGCUUUGAAAGUGGGUGCUGUUGAGAAGGCAGAAGAAGAGAGGAGAACGGGAGGAGCCCCUCCCUCAAACAGUAGCAGCGGUAGCCCCCCCUUUCACCACCCAACAAGCCAAUCCCCCAUGACCCAUACCUUCCCCUAUUAGAGCACGCAGCCAUGCAGCCACCCCUCUCACAUCCUGCCACUACCCCAGCACUCAGAGUGGGGAAGGCUUGGAGGAGGCUGAGAGAGAGAGAGCCUGCUGCAUUGCUCUGCGACACACUGUGAAGAUGGUAAAUAUGAGGACUAUUAAAGUGCACUGUGGUUAAGAGUGGGAGAUAGCUCCGCUGCUCCUGUGCUGAAUGUCAGUGUAAUUCCUCUGAAUGUGAUUCGCAGACAGCCCCCAAUGAUCAGGACCUGCCCUCUGCACACACAUACCUUGGUUGAAUGUAGAAAAAGACAGAAAAAUACCCAGUAGAUGCUGCCUCUGAAGAUUCUACAUGCUGUAGAGCAGUGACAGAAGGGUCUACACCUCUUUCAUCUGUAGCUGCUGGAAAUGGAACUACUGUCCCUUUUGACCAGUUCACACCAAAUAACCAGUGACAUUCUCCCAGCAUUUGCUAUGUGUCUGGGUUGACCAGAACCAUCCCAAAUGACAUAUUCCCCAUCCCAUCCCAUGAAGCUCCCCCACUCCCCCAAAAACAUUUUCAUUUUGUAAGUUUGCCAUCUCUAGACCCAGUGUGCACCAUUCUUGGGGUGAGACAUGAUCACACGUGCAUUUUAGUGUUGCAUUUUGACUCCGCUACCAUUUGUCAAGUAGAUUGUGUUCUUGUGAGAAAAUGGUAAUGGAACCUGUUGUAAUUAUUUUCUUUAUACUACUUGUACAUCUCUAUUUUUGAUACGUGACCUACAAAGUCUGCAUUACCCAUUAUAUUUAGAGGGAGUUUGAGACAGCCAUUCAUUGUAUGCCAAGAGAACAUGUACAUAGCACCACGCUAAAGCUGGUUUACCUCACUCUCCGUAUUCAUUUCUGGUCAAGUUAAGCCUGUUCUAUGUUGCCUUUACUUGUUAAAGCUGACAAAGUGAUAACAGAUGUUUAACUGUAUUUGAGUAUAUUCUGGAGUCUGAAGUGGAAAGAGAAACGUGAAUGUAAUGUUUUAAACAGAAUAUUAGUUUUGUAUAGGAAGAGGUACUUGGGGUUUUCAUUUUGGGACCUACCAGAAGGUUGCUUGAUGUACAUAUUUUGUCUAUAAAGUAAAUGUUGAUAUAAAUUACUUAAGUGUAUUAAUAAAGUAUUUUUUUCCUGUGGAAAA